UAGGUUAAAACUUUUAAAAUUUGUAUUGUUUUAAUAUUUCAAUUAAAAUUUAAAGAAUACUUCAAAAUAAUUAAAUGCCAAUAAAAUACGUAGUACUUGCUUGUACAGUGAAGGUUUUUAGUGAACUAUUUGAAAUUAUUUACAAAACUUUUAAUAUGUUUUGAUUAUUAUAUUGGUUUUCUAGUUUUAUUGCUUUAUAUAUACAUACACUGUAUAUCAAGUGUUAAUAAUUAUAAGAGAAAUAAUUUAAUACAAGAUGGUAAAUGAUCAUGCACGUAAAAUAGCUGAAUUAAAAGGCAAAAUCAAGAGUUUUCCGGAUUUUCCCAAGAAAGGAAUAUUGUUUUGGGAUAUAUUUUCAGCAAUUGCAGAUGGCGCCACAUGCAAGCUGCUCCAAAAUUUAUUAGUGGAGACAAUACGGACAAAAUUUGAAGGUGUUGAGGCAAUAGUGGGUUUGGAGUCUAGAGGGUUUCUCUUCUCCUUCUCUUUAGCCGCUGAAUUAGGAGUUAGUUCUCUGCCAGUCAGAAAGAGAGGGAAGUUACCUGGAGAAGUGGUAUCCCACAAAUAUGAUUUAGAAUAUGGCUCUGAUGUAUUGGAAAUCCAGAAGAAUACAAUCCGUCCGGGUCUCAAGUGCCUUAUUGUUGAUGAUCUAAUAGCAACUGGGGGGACCAUAGCUGCAUCUAUUCAGUUAUUAAAAGCUUGCCAUGCAGAUGUCAUUGGUUGCCUAGCAGUGAUCGAACUAGAAUCUCUACACGGCCGUAAAAAUAUUCCUGAUGGUAUACCAGUACAUUCCUUAAUUAAAUAUGAUUAGCAAUAGACACUAUGUUAAUAUACUAUUUCUCAUGUAAUAGUGGUCAAAUUAUUCAGUUCAGUUGAAUGAAUUUCCAAUGUAACCUAGUGUCUUUUGGCAUAUUUACAAAAGAUUAGGGCAGAGU